UUUUAUUUACUUCGAAAAUUUGGCAACAGGGCAACAUCUAAAUUUGUAACGUCAAAUUUUUAUUGUCGCAAAUUUUCAGUCAUUUUUUCGUAUCAAUUUACGUUAUUUUUUUUUAAAACAAGACGAAUAAAGCACACCUUUAUAAGUUCAAUUUAAUUUCAGUUAUAAAAUAUAUUUCAACUUGGUAUAGUAGACGUAUGCAGUGUGUAACAGAUGCUUGUGUUGUAUUUAAAUUGUCAGUGAUAACGUGUGUGACUUUCCGCUUAAAUGAAUAAUGUCGCUGAGGUUGAAGGCCCUGGCACUAGUGGAGGUGCUACUGAGGGUGCCACCGUUGUUUGUGGUGGAUGAGUUCCUUAAGAUCAGCCUAGGGCUGCCCGUGUCCAGCGAGGAAGUGCCAGUAUUGAGCAAUGUCACAGUGGACCACGUCGAUAUAUUGGAGCCAGAUGUGAAUUACUACGAUGCUAACUUCUAUAAUGCAUUUUUCGUCACUUUUUUCAAGUUCCUCGUUUGCUGUUCAGGAUGUUUAUCGUCACUCUGCAUUUUCGUGCUGUACGCGAAGCACCUCAUCAUCGUAUACCUUUACCUCACAUCGCUGGGCAUCGUGUUCGUGUCGUACUGGACCAAUGUAUCCGCAAUCAAACAGAUACAGGCUCUCGCACAGCUAGCCACCUCGCCUCACCACUCGUCCAGCAUCCUCGAGGACAUUCUAAACUUAAACCUUAAAAAUCUGUUCGAUCUCGACGGACCCGGCGUUUUGGUGGUACAGAACUUCGCGAUACAGUUCGCUCUCUCGAUCGUGUUCAGAAACGUCCACCUCGGGCCCCGCGUGCCUCUGAUACAAAAGCUACUGCCGGUCAGUUUCAUGGCCCCUUCGUUUUUGGCCAUGCUACCGAUGCCGCCAAAUCUUCUGCACCACUCACCAGUAUUUUCGUCGUUACUACCACUUCUCCUUGUCAAAUUUGUACUGUGGUCGUCGACUUACACCAUCAUUCACGUUAUCUACGCCGGCUACCAGCACGGUAGAUUGUUUGUUAGCAAUUACGGUCUGUCGGCGUUAGUCGAAACUGAGUGGAUGCGACUUAAUGUCCCCUGCGUUUUGAGGGUUUUCUGGGUGCUGCGAGUCGCCGAGCACGCCAUUCUCCUGCUCAUGGAUAACUACGAUGAAGACACAGAGGAAGGUGUCCGAAUAUCUACGCUGCUUGCUGUGCAAUCGCUCGCUUCAAUGGCCAAAUCCUUACUGGUGACGGGCUGUGAAACCAUCACCGCGGUAUUAGGAAUGACAUCAGUGAUCUCAUUUUUCUGCCAUUACAUUGGAAACUUCUUCCAGUGGAUUCUGUUGACCGACGAGGAAGAAGACAAAAGUAUCGGAACCGUGUCGGCGAUUCUGUUUUACAUUUUAGCACUGCAAACUGGUCUAACUUCUCUACAUCCAGAGAAGAGAUUCAUUCGUUUGUGCAAGAACGUCUGCUUGUUGUUCACGGCUCUAUUGCAUUUCCUACACAACAUAGUCAAUCCGAUGUUGAUGUCGUUGAGUGCUUCGCACAAUCCGAGCGUUCACCGGCACGUCAGGGCUCUGGGCGUAUGCGCGUUCCUGAUAAUCUUCCCCAUAUCGCUACUAGUGUACUUGUGGUCUCAACACAACGUGUCCACUUGGCUAUUAGCGGUCACCGCCUUCAGCAUAGAAGUGAUAGUCAAAGUGGUCGUUAGUCUCAUGAUAUACUCCUUAUUCCUGAUCGACGCCUACAGGAGCACGUUCUGGGAGCAGUUGGACGACUACGUGUAUUACAUACGCGCUUUCGGUAACACGAUCGAAUUCUGUUUCGGUAUUUUCUUGUUCUUCAACGGGGCCUGGAUCCUGCUGUUCGAAUCGGGCGGGGCGAUCCGCGCCGUCAUGAUGUGCAUACACGCGUACUUCAACAUAUGGUGCGAAGCGAGAGCCGGCUGGUCCGUGUUCAUGAAGCGUCGCACCGCGGUCAACAAGAUCAACUCGCUCAAGGAGGCCUCGUACGCUCAGCUCAGUAAUCUGGACGACGUGUGCGCGAUCUGCUACCAGGAGAUGCACUCGGCGAAGAUAACGCGCUGCAACCAUUUCUUCCACGGCGUCUGCUUGAGGAAGUGGCUGUACGUGCAGGACCGGUGUCCGCUGUGCCACGAUAUCCUGUACAAGAUCGACAACGACGCGAACAAAGACUCGAACUCCGACGCCGAGGCGGAGGAGAACAGAAACAACCAGAACCAUGUGUUGGAAGAGGGGGCGGACCUGCUGCUCGGGGAUGGCGUGAGGUGGCUCCGCCAGAACUAAUCUCCCAUACUCGCUUGAAUGUCUCUAAAGUAUAAUAAUUUAUAUAACGACUUAUUUGUGUGUGUGGUAUAAUCCUUUCGAUUUGUAUAGUAAGUUAUUCGUUUUAAUAUUAUAGUUAUCAAAACGGCACACCUGUGAUUUACGAUUCUUUAUAUUAUUAUUAUGUUUCGUGAUAAAUGAUAUUUCGUUAAGGGCGUUUGAACGUUCAAAUGGACGUGUGGCUUUCGGAGUUCCCUAAAAUGUACAAGUGAAAAAUUACUAGUUUUCAAAUUUAUCAGGAGCUAAAUGCAAUAAAUAUUUAUAAAAACAAAUACAAAUGCUUUAAAA